GCCGACAUAUAAAAGUGUACUAUUGUCUCUCUUGAUUAACAGUUACAUUUUAAAUUUCACGUUGUAAAGACUUGCGGAGGGAAUCUUCGCAGUUUGCACGGGUUUUCGACAAACACUCAACUAAAUCGAUGAUGCGUGUGUUAGUGUUUUCACUAUUUGUAGGGGCAGCUCUCGCGGCGCCGCAAGGCUACAACUAUCAAUUAAAUUACGCUCCGAAUUUUGGCGGGGCCUUGACCUAUCCACAAGUACAGUUACUGCAGAAGUUCGCUGCUAAACAGGAACAAUCCGUGAUAGAACAACAAACCGUUACAAUUUCCGAACCACAAGCUCAUGUUCAGAGUCAAAAUGAUGCACCAGCCGGUGGCUCGCAAUUCGCCAAUCAGUUAAUACAACUGGCAAGUUAUGGACAACAGCAGCCACAAGUACAGCUAUCGCAGGGGAUUUCGGAAGUUUCACAGACUCAGACGCUGGGUUUCUCCCUUCCAAUCCAACAGCCAAUACCUUCAGCUGAACAACAAGCAGUACACCAAGUCUCAGUCCCGCCAGUCCAAAUAAAAUUUCCACAGCCAGCUCAACAACAGCAAACCUUAGCACAGCCACAAAUUCAAACAGAACCCCAACCCCAACCUCAACUUUUACUUCAACCAGAGCCGCAGCCGCUGCCUCAACCUCAACUUCAAUCACAACCACAAGUUCAACAUGAAUUUUUCCCACAAUCUCAACCCCAACCUCAACUUGUACCGCAGGUCCAGCCCACUGUACAGUUACAGCCACAACCUCAACUUUUACCGCAGCCACUGCCCCAGGUCUCACCACAGACUCCUCAGCCCUUAUCACAACCAGCUCAACCGGUACAUAUCCAGCACGCAUCUCCACUCCCUCGCACACCCGAACCCACAUACUACAAUAAGGAGUACUAUUAUCUUUCUGCACCACAGGAAAACUAUGAACUGCCGCCAGACUUCAAUAAUCUAUUGAGCAAAAUGAAAAAGAACCUUCGCGUCGUGUUCAUCAAAGCGCCGGAACAGAAUGGCCUCACAAAGACAGCUUUGCAAUUGCUGAAGGAUAGUCAGCAACCAAAGACGGCCAUUUAUGUGCUAACGAAGCAACAUAGUGCCGCUGAACUGGCUAAGAAAUUACAACAACAACCCGGCUCAGCCCAACAGAAACCUGAAGUGAUAUUCAUCAAAUAUCGCACACGCCAGGAGGCUGAGCAUGCGCAGCGCACUAUUCAAUCGCAAUACGAAUCAUUAAAGGGUCCCAAUCACUUUAAUGUCGAAAGCGUCGUACCAACGCAAAAUUUUAUCGGUUCCACUGCAGGCAUAGAGCCACGGCAACGUCCGGCGGAGCAGAGCGUCGUUACAAGUGCGACCACGCCGUCGCCAUUGGACUAUCUGCCGCCGGCGGAGUGAAGGAAAUUAUUUUUAUUUGGUAGUUAAUUUAUAUUUUUGUAUAUAUGUGAUUAGAUUUAAUAAAAGUUUUGUACAUCCAUU